AUGGUUUCUACCCCAAAGAAAAAACGUACCGCCAGUGUUUCUAUAUCGCCAUUUAAGAAGGAUACGGAUGCUAUUUCAGUGGAUUAUAAAGGGAAACCUAAAAAGAAACCAAGUAAAUCUUACCAUUUUGCCCCCCUGAACCGGCUUAGCAGUGAAGAACCAAUUUUGAAAUCGAUACCGAUCUCAAGAGUACGAAAUGUGGAAGCUGGAAGUUCCGUCAAAGAUACUGUCAAUGCGAAAACUAGUGGCAAAACAAAGCUUGCAUCUAAAAGAAUUAUCAAUAGCACAAAGACUAGAAGGGAAAAAUCGACUGAAGCUGUGCCAGAAACGAGGUAUAGCGAUGGUCCGUCGGAAGAAGUAAUAUGGAGAUACUCUCCUAGGAAAAUUGAUGAGCAAUUAUGUAACCAUUAUAAUACUGGAAACGACGAUAAUAACUCCGAUGAAUUAAGUCAAGAUAUGCCUCUAGGUCAAUCUUCUACUCCAUUGAUCAACGAUAAGUUUAAAGAUGUGAUUGAUUUUGAGAACAUGGAUCCCAACAGCAUUGAUAAAGAAUGCAGGAAAAUUGCACAAGGAUCUCCUGUAAAAAGAGGAGAAAAGGAUGUCACACCUAUGAGAGAUAUACACGAAAUUUUAAACGACUUAGAAGGUCCUAAGUUGCUUCCGCCUUCUUCACCAAUUUGCUCGGAACCAGUUGUUAUAGACGAUGACCCUGUAGAAAAUCUUCCGGAGCUGGCAUCAGAGAGUAUUUCAAAUCAUAAGCAUACUACAACUAAUGGCAUAGAACGCACGUUCACAAUGUAUCCUCCUCAGAUCAAUAUAGAUGACGACGAGGAUGAGGACGAUUCGUUAAUUGAUAUUCUCACACAAAGAUUCACAAAGCCAGUCAUCACAGAAUGCAAUGAAGAAUCAGAGGAAUCAGAUGCUUCCUUAUUAGAACUUCUUGAUGAGGAAAAGCCAGCUACACUCCCUCAACUUCAAGUGAGAAAAAUUGAACGCAUUGAAGUUAUGCUUGAAUCAGAGGAUGAAAAUGUGGAAGACUCUGUAAAAUCAAAUGAAAAUCAAACCGAUCAUCUGCUUAAUAACAAAGCCGAUGUGGUUGAAAGGUAUGUUAACUUGGCUAAAUUCCCAUUCCCUCAACGCGGCUGUCAAAGACUAUGUAUUUUUGAAAUCAAGGAAAUGAAAUCACCAGCGCAAAUAAUUCUCACAUGCUUCAAUCAGGAUGCUGGAAAAGUUAACCUAAUUCUCAGAGAUCCAUGGAUUCGUUUCAGAUACGAGCAAGGAAUGAUUAUUCACCUAAUAGAAGGUGACCACUUUCCUAAUAAACGGCUUCUUUCAAAUGACAAAGACCCUAAAACAGGCCUCGAAAAUGAUAAUUUAUUGAUCGUGUAUCCGGAUGUUCUUCUUUCUGCCACUGCAAUUGGGACUGCCAUGGAUUGCGAAAGGCGUGCCGUUUUAUCUUCAAAAUUUAAUGAACCCGGUGAAUACUCGCUUGCAGCUGUCUUAGGUAACAUUAUUCACGCGUUGGUCCAGGAAGUGUUAAAAUUGAAGCUGUUGGAGCCGAAUCAGUUUCUCUCAAAAGGCUUAGCUCUCGAAAUUCUGGACAAAGUCAUAAAACCAUUCACUACGGAGGUGAAUAUGUGUGGAGAAUCUGUCGAAUCAGUGAUUAAAACGAUUUCAGAUGAGCAUUUACCUUUUAUCAUAGAAUUUGUGAACAUUUAUGUCACUAAGGACAAUUCAAGGUCCUGGAUUCAAGUAAUUGGAACAAAAAAUAAACGUAAAUUAUCUGUUUCUCAGAUCGUUGAUAUUGAAGAGAACAUUUGGUCAUCAAAGUAUGGAUUGAAAGGAUAUAUAGAUGUCACUGUUGAGACGAAUGUUGAUUCAGACGGUAAAAAGUUGUUAGCUCCCGUGGAGAUAAAGACAGGGAAAUGGAAAUCUAAUGCACACGAGGCACAGGGUCUAAUUUAUACAUUGCUUCUCCAGGAUAGAUAUGACAUCCCUGUAAAUUUGCACAUGAUGUUGUAUACUAAGCUAAGAGAGUUCUCAUUACAACCCAAAAUUUUAAUAUCGCUAAAGCAUCUGCUUAACCUCAGAAAUAAACUUGCGACAUACCUACAAGUAAUGAAUGAAGAGAUGUCUGAUUGGGGUGGACCACAACAUGAAUUACCCGCAAUGAUACAGAACUCCAAGUGCGAUCAAUGUUUCAUGAAGACAUCUUGCAUGGUGCUCAACAAGUUAAGUGACAAAGAACAAACGCCAGGAUUGCUAAAGCAUGAAUAUACUGAUUUAACCAGACAUCUUGAAGCACAAGGCUCACAGGUCCUAGAGCUCUUUCGGUCGUUUUACGGCAAGUACGAUAGGCUUUUAAUGAUGGAAGAAACUAGCAUAACAAGUGUCACUAAAGAUACUUUCCUUAUGUCGGGCACAGAUCGAGAGGCUCAAACAGGACAUUGCAUAAGUCAGCUUACCAUAAAGAAUGUACAGGAUCAGGGAAACGGGAGAUAUCUGUACACUUUCUGCCGCGAAAACGAUAUUCAAGGGUCAUUUGCCACUUCCAAUGCAGAACAACAGGAGACCAAGAAACUCAAGAGCGCUCCACCUAGCAUGCUCUCGUCAGAUAUCCAUAAAGGAGAUUAUAUAAUGAUCAGUAACGACACCUCUGGCCAGUUAGCCAUUGGAACUGGUCAUGUCUCUGAAAUCGCUAACGAUUUCAUUGUGAUAAAUUGUGCGAGAAACAUUCUGGCAAACAAUAUUCAUGGUGAUUCUUUUGAUAGAAAUACGAGACAAGUAGUUCGAAGUGUUUUACUUAAACAAAAAGAGCCAUUGAACGAGAAACAAAGCUUGACAAAUAGUCACCGAUAUCGUAUUGAUAAAAAUGAGAGUGCUACAGGACUUACUUUGGCUCGUUACAACCUUCUAAAUCUCUUUCUUCCAGAAGUCCUUAUUGAAGCUGAAUUCUCACCGCAAAAAUCUGGAGAAAAAUUACAGCUUCCUGUUAAAAGAUCUCUUGGGGGUUACAGCAGGGGUCGUAGGCUCAUUGUAGAGCUUUCCGAACCGAAAUGGACGACUCAUGCGGCCAGAAUACCAACUCUUAAUGACAGCUUUAAUGAAAACCAGAAAAUGGCGAUUGAACGUUCGCUCACCUGCCGUGACUACAACUUGAUUUUAGGAAUGCCUGGAACUGGUAAGACAUCAGUUAUUUGUGAAUUAGUUUCAAUAUUGGUAAAUCAGGGAAAAUCUGUCAUGGUGACAAGCUACACCAAUUCAGCUGUCGAUAAUAUUAUAAUGAAGCUAACUUCGCGUAUCCCUCGCUCUAAGAUGGUACGUUUGGGAUCUGGACGUCGAGUCCAUGAUUUGGUCAAACCAUAUUGCAUAACAGAGAUGUUAGAUGGUGAUAACGAGAACUUGUCGGAAAUAAUCGAUGCAGCACAAGUGGUCGGUGUAACGUGUCUCGGUAUUAAUGAUCCGUGGUUACAAAUGCGAAAUGGUGAUUUUGAUUAUGUUAUAUUAGAUGAAGCCAGUCAAGUUUCGCUACCUGUCGCCAUUGGUCCAUUAAGGUUCGGAUAUAAGUUCAUAUUAGUCGGAGACCAUUAUCAAUUACCGCCAUUAGUGAAGAACUCAUUUGCACGUGACAAUGGUCUACAAGAAUCGUUAUUCGAAAAAUUGUGUCAUUCGCAUCCUCAAAGCGUUGUUGAACUACAAUUACAAUACCGUAUGAAUGCAGAGAUCAUGUCUCUUUCCAACGUGUUGAUAUACGGAGGAAAGUUACAAUGUGGUACUGACGAAAUCCGCAGACAAGUCUUACAAUUCCCAAACAACUAUAAAUGCUCACAGGACACAUGGCUGCAGAAGGCUAUCAAUCCCGAACAACCUGUGGUGAUAUUGGAUCAUGAUGGCUUCCAGUCAACAAGUAACCAGCAGUUCGUUGAACAGAAUGAUCAUGGCCAGCUAAGCAACGUUGGCGAAGCCAACGUCGUCAAUGAAGUGGUGCGAGAGUUACUUGCACAUGGUAUCGAGGUGGACCAAAUUGGUGUGAUGUCUAUGUACAAGGCGCAGAUGUCGUUAUUGAAGACGACAUUGGAAGAUCUAGACAUUGAUGUGUUAACCGCAGAUCAAUUCCAAGGAAGAGAUAAAGACUGUAUAAUAAUAUCCAUGGUGAGAAGUAAUCCGGACCAGGCCAGCGGUGUGCUACUACGAGAUUUAAGAAGAAUUAACGUGGCUGUGAGCAGGGCGAAGAAGAAGCUGAUCAUCAUUUGUUCCUGGAAAUGCAUAUCUAAGAUUCAUCCACUGAAACCCUUCGUAGAUCACGUGGCUAGAAACAAUUGGAUAACAAAGAUGUGA